AUGACUUCUGAAGAAACGGCAGGUUCUGUUCUCAGACCUGUGAGUCAGAGAAAAGUGAUCUCUGCUCAGUCAACUGUAGAUGAAAGUAAUGAUAAGGUCUCAGACAUCAAUGUUCCAAAGUCUCAUCCUGUCAGGCAGAGUGGGGAGACUUCUCAUACCAUCUCGCAACUGACCAAACUUACAGAAGGAUCUUCUGGAAGCAACGUGCCCCAGAUUUUCUCAGUAGCAAGGGAGAAAAUCACCAGUGAUGAGAACAGUAAUGAAAAUUGCUGGGAGAAAAGCAUGCCAGAUUCUGUGAAAAACCUUAACAUUAACUGCAACAGCAUAUUGAAAAACCAUCAGCAUGGCCCUCCUCAGAGCCAGUUUUAUGAAACGUGCAAUUCUAUCACAGAGGAAGGUCUGUGUUUGGAAACUGGAAUCCCUUCUUCACUGGAAGGAAAGAUGUUCCCUGGAAUUCAACUGGAAAUAGACAGACCUCCCAUGGGCAUUAGUCCAUUAGGAACUCAGUCAGCCAUCAUAGAGACAAGAAGGGCACACCCUGAAAGCAACAUGGCAGUAUUUCACUUGCAUUACGAGGUUGACAGAAGAAUGUCAGACAGUUUCUGUCCCCUAUCAGAUAACUUGAUUUUGGAUGAUUGUGGAAACUGUGUACUACCUGCUGUUGGUGAGGAACAAGAGAAAAAUUACAUGGCAUAUACUUGCAAACUGAUGGAAUUGACAAGUAACUGUGACAAUAAGAAUAGGCAGCUGCAGUGUGAUCAUUGUGACCCCUUGAAUGACAAAUACUUGUGCUUUGAAGGCUCUUGCCCAAAGGCCGACGUGGUAUGUUCAAGUGACAGCUUUUGCAGGGAGGAUUUUACUGACAGUCCACCUGCCAAGACCUUUCUGAGCCAUUUUGAGGACUUCCCUGAUAAUUGUGAAGAUGUAGAAGAAGAUUUGUUUAAAAAUAAAAAGGAGCGGUCUGCUUGGUUAGUGAGGAGAUUUUGCAAAAAUGACAAGGAAGUUAAGAAAUCUGUGUUUACUGGGACAAGGGCAAUUGUGAGAACUUUGCCUUCUGGUCACAUUGGACUGGAGGCUUUGAGUUAUAUUGAUCAGAAGAAAAAUGGUCUCUUAUUGCCUCCUGGGAGAGUCAUGGAACGGCUGUCAACAGUGGUUAGGCAAGAUGGUUCCCAAGGUCUGUCAGAAGCCCAGUGGUAUCCGAUCUACAGUGCAGUGAGAAGGGGAGAAGCCACAGAAGAAACAAUUAGAUCUCUUCUCCAUUUCUUCGCCAAGCUCCCAGCCUCCGAGACAGCCCAUGAAAGGAUCACUGUCAGUCCGUACUUAAAGCAAUGUGUCCGAGACACGGUGUGUGAGUAUCGUGCCACCCUGCAAAGGACUUCCAUAUCUCAGUACAUCACCGGCUCUCUCCUGGAAGCCACCACAUCUUUAGGAGCAAGAAGCAGCCUCCUCAGUUCUUUUGGAGGAUCCACGGGACGAAUGAUGCUGAAAGAACGCCAACCAGGCACGUCUAUGGCCAAUUCCAGUGCCCUUCCUUCAAGUUCAGCUGGGAUCAGCAAAGAACUGAUUGAUCUGAAGCCCCUCAUCCAGUUCCCAGAGGAAGUCGCCAGCAUUCUGAUGGAGCAGGAGCAAAAUAUUUACCGAAGGGUCUUGCCAGUUGACUAUCUUUUCUUCUUGACCCGGGGCUUGGGCACCACAGAACGCCAGAGGUCCCUGCCUUCCCUCAAAGCAUCCAUCUCAGCAUCCAUUCUUAACUCCCAGAAUGGAGAGCACAACGCCCUCGAAGAUCUUGUGAUGAGAUUUAAUGAGGUGAGUUCCUGGGUGACGUGGCUGAUCCUCGCGGCAGGCUCCAUGGAAGAGAAGCGGGAAGUCUUCUCGUAUUUGGUUCAUGUGGCCAAAUGCUGCUGGAACAUGGGCAACUACAAUGCCGUCAUGGAGUUCUUGGCCGGCCUCAGGUCACGGAAAGUUUUAAAAAUGUGGCAGUUUAUGGACCAGUCUGACCUGGAGACCAUGAGGAGCCUGAAGGAUGCCAUGGCCCAGCACGAGUCUUCCUGUGAAUAUAGGAAGGUGGUGACACGAGCGCUGCACAUCCCCGGCUGCAAGGUGGUUCCGUUCUGCGGGGUGUUCCUGAAGGAGCUCUGUGAGGUGCUGGACGGAGCCUCUGGCCUCAUGAAGCUUUGCCCGAGGUACAAUUCACAGGAAGAAACUUUAGAGUUUGUAGCCGAUUAUAGUGGACAAGAUAAUUUUUUACAACGAGUGGGACAGAAUGGCUUAAAGAAUUCAGAGAAGGAGUCUACUGUCAACAGCAUCUUUCAGAUCAUCAGGAGCUGCAGUCGAAGUCUGGAGACAGAGGAGGAGGACAGCCCCAGUGAUGGGAACAGCUCAAGGAAAAAUUCCCUGAAGGAUAAAGCCCGAUGGCAGUUUAUAAUUGGAGAUUUGUUGGAUUCCGAAAAUGACAUCUUUGAGCAGCCCAAAGAAUGGGACUCUCAUGGAUCGGAAGAGCCACAGAAAGCCUUUGACCAUGGGACAGAGCUCAUCCCAUGGUACGUGCUGUCCAUCCAAGCUGAUGUGCACCAGUUCCUGUUGCAGGGGGCCACAGUCAUCCACUAUGAUCAGGACACGCACCUCUCUGCCCGCUGCUUCCUCCAGCUUCAGCCUGACAAUAGCACCUUGACCUGGAUAAAACCCACCACUGCUUCCCCAGCCAGUGCUAAAGCAAAACUUGGUGUGCUCAGUUACACGUCUGAGCCUGGCAAAUUCCCGUUACUGGGCAAUGCUGGAUUAAGUGGCCUGGUGGAGGGGAUCUUGGAUCUGUUUGCAGCAAAGGCUGUGUACAUGGGACACCCUAACAUUGAUAUACACACUGUGUGUGUUCAGAACAAACUGAGUAACAUGUCUCUCUCAGAGACUGGUGUGACACUGCUCUAUGGGCUGCAGACCACGGACAAUAGAUUAUUGCACUUUGUGGCACCAAAGCACACAGCUAAAAUGCUCUUCAGUGGAUUGUUGGAGCUCACUAGAGCUGUGAGGAAGAUGAGGAAGUUUCCUGACCAAAGACAGCAGUGGCUGCGGAAACAGUACGUCAGCCUCUACCAGGAGGAUGGCCGAUAUGAAGGCCCAACUUUGGCUCAAGCUGUGGAGCUGUUUGGUGGCAGACGAUGGAGUACUCGAAACCCCAGCCCUGGGACAUCAGCAAAGAGUGCCGAGAAGCCCAACACCUUAAGUAUAAGCAACGCCAAGAAAAAGAAGAAAAUCCUUAUGAGGGGUGAGAGUGGAGAGGUGACGGAUGAUGAGAUGGCCACCCGCAAGGCCAAAACACACAAAGAGAGUCGGAGUCGGAGUGGUUCUGAUCCUCAAGAUGUCAAUGAACAAGAAGAAUCAGAGGCAAAUGCCAUCAUGAACCCUCCCAACCCUCUCCCUUCCAGAAGAGCCCACUCCUUGACCACGACUGGGCCCCCUACCUUGGCUGCCGGGACAUCAUCUCCCAUCAGGCCAGUGUCCUCCCCUGUGCUGCCUGCUUCCAACAAGAGCCCGACCAGUGCUUGGAACAGCAGCAGCUGCUGGCCAGGGAAGAUCAAAGGAGGGAUGCAGGGCUUUCAGAGCUUCAUGGUUUCAGACAGCAGCAUGAGUUUUGUGGAAUUUGUUGAGCUGUUCAAAUCAUUCAGUGUGAGGAGCCGCAAGGACCUAAAGGACCUCUUUGACAUCUACGCCGUACCCUGUGACCGAGCUGGCUCUGAGGCAGCCCCCCUCUAUACCAACCUGACCAUUGAUGAAAAUAUCAGCGGUCUUCAGCCUGACCUAGAUUUGUUGACCAGAAAUGUCUCAGAUUUGGGGUUAUUCAUCAAGAGUAAACAGCAGCUGUCUGACAACCAGAGGCAGAUAUCGGAUGCCAUUGCUGCUGCAAGUAUUGUGACAAAUGGCACCGGAGUGGAGAGCACAUCUCUGGGUGUGUUUGGAGUCGGCAUCCUCCAGCUCAAUGACUUCCUAGUGAAUUGCCAAGGAGAACACUAUACUUAUGAUGAAAUCCUCAGCAUCAUCCAGAAGUUCGAGCCUAGCGUUAGUAUGUGUCAUCAAGGCCUAAUGUCAUUUGAAGGAUUUGCAAGGUUUCUAAUGGAUAAAGAUAAUUUUGCCUCGAAAAAUGAUGAGUCACAGGAGAACGUUAAAGAAAUGCAGCUGCCCCUCUCCUACUAUUACAUUGAAUCUUCACACAACACCUACCUCACGGGCCAUCAGCUCAAAGGAGAAUCCUCAGUAGAACUCUACAGCCAGGUCCUCCUGCAAGGCUGUAGGAGUGUAGAGUUGGACUGCUGGGACGGAGAUGAUGGAAUGCCCAUCAUUUAUCAUGGACACACCCUGACAACCAAGAUCCCCUUCAAGGAAGUGGUUGAAGCCAUCGAUCGCAGUGCCUUCAUCAACUCUGACCUGCCCAUCAUCAUAUCAAUUGAGAACCACUGUUCAUUGCCUCAGCAACGAAAAAUGGCAGAAAUUUUCAAGACUGUGUUUGGAGAAAAACUGGUGGCUAAAUUCUUAUUUGAGAGUGAUUUCUCGGAUGAUCCAAUGCUCCCCUCGCCUGACCAACUCAGAAGGAAAGUGCUGCUCAAAAAUAAGAAAUUAAAAGCCCAUCAGACACCGGUGGAUAUCUUAAAGCAAAAGGCUCAUCAGCUAGCAUCCAUGCAAGCUCAGGCUUAUAACGGUAGCAAUGCCAACUCCCCACCUGCUAAUAAUGAGGAAGAGGAAGAUGAAGAGGAUGAAUAUGAUUAUGAUUAUGAAUCCCUCUCUGAUGACAACAUUCUAGAAGACAGACCUGAAAAUAAAUCAUGUAAUGACAAACUUCAGUUUGAGUAUAAUGAAGAAAUCCCCAAGAGGAUAAAGAAAGCGGAUAACUCUGCUUGCAAUAAAGGAAAGGUUUAUGACAUGGAACUGGGAGAAGAAUUUUAUCUUCCUCAGAAUAAAAAGGAAAGCAGACAGAUUGCACCAGAGCUUUCUGACCUUGUCAUCUAUUGCCAAGCAGUAAAAUUCCCAGGCCUGUCAACUCUAAAUGCAUCUGGCUCUAGCAGAGGAAAAGAAAGGAAAAGCAGGAAGUCCAUUUUUGGCAACAAUCCGGGCAGAAUGAGCCCCGGGGAGACAGCACCAUUUAACAAAACAUCUGGAAAAAGUUCCUGUGAAGGAAUGCGACAGGCCUGGGAGGACUCUCCUUUCUCCGUCAACCCAACCACGUCCCUCAGCGCUAUCAUUAGAACUCCCAAAUGCUACCAUAUCUCCUCGCUGAAUGAAAAUGCCGCCAAACGUCUGUGUCGCAGGUAUUCUCAGAAGCUGAUCCAGCACACCGCCUGCCAGCUGCUGAGGACGUACCCAGCUGCCACUCGCAUUGAUUCUUCCAACCCCAACCCCCUCCUGUUCUGGCUCCAUGGGAUACAGCUCGUGGCACUCAACUACCAGACCGAUGAUCUCUCUUUACAUUUGAAUGCCGCCAUGUUUGAGGCCAAUGGUGGCUGCGGUUAUGUUCUGAAACCCCCAGUUCUGUGGGACAAGAACUGUUCCAUGUAUCAGAAGUUCUCCCCCUUGGAAAGAGACCUGGACAACAUGGAGCCUGCCGUCUAUUCUUUAACUAUUGUCUCUGGGCAGAACGUGUGCCCGAGUAAUAGCACGGGGAGCCCAUGUAUUGAGGUCGAUGUCCUGGGCAUGGCCUUGGACAGCUGCCACUUCCGCACGAAGCCCAUCCACCGCAAUACUCUGAACCCCAUGUGGAAUGAACAGUUCCUCUUCCGGGUUCACUUCGAAGAUCUCGUAUUUGUUCGUUUUGCUGUCGUGGAGAACAACAGCUCGGUGGUCACUGCUCAGAGAAUCAUCUCCCUCAAGGCUCUAAAGCGAGGAUAUCGACAUCUUCAGCUGCGAAAUCUCCACAAUGAAGUCUUGGAAAUCUCUAGUUUAUUCAUAAACAGCAGGAGGAUGGAAGAAAAUUCCUCUGGCAAUACUGUGCCGGCCUCUCUGAUGUUUAAUACAGAAGAAAGAAAAUGUUUGCAGACUCACAGAGUCACAGUGCAUGGUGUCCCAGGUCCAGAGCCCUUUACUGUUUUCUCUAUAAACGGAGCCACUAAGGCAAAGCAGCUUCUCCAACAAAUUCUCGUUAUGGAUCAAGAUACCAAACCUAUUGCCACAGACUAUUUUUUAAUGGAGGAAAAAUAUUUCAUAUCUAAAGAGAAGAAUGAAUGUAGGAAACAACCGUUCCAGAGAGCCAUUGGUCCAGAAGAAGAGAUUGUGCAAAUUUUAAGCAGCUGGUUUCCAGAAGAGGGAUACGUUGGCAGGAUUGUCUUAAAAACCCAGCAGGAAAACCUAGAGGAGAGGAACAUUGCACAAGAUGACAAGGAGGUGCUCCUGAGCUCAGAGGAGGACAGCUUCUUUGUCCAGGUGCAUGACGUUUCCCCCGAGCAACCGCGCACGGUCAUCAAAGCGCCCCGUGUCAGCACCGCGCAGGACGUCAUUCAGCAGACCUUAUGCAAAGCCAAAUAUUCCUAUAGCAUCCUGAGCAACCCCAACCCGAGUGACUAUGUGCUUUUGGAAGAGGUGGUGAAAGACACCGCCAACAGGAAGUCUUCCACCCCAAAGGCCUCCCAGCGUGUCCUUUUGGAUCAGGAGUGUGUGUUUCAAGCUCAAAGCAAGUGGAAAGGUGCAGGAAAAUUCAUCCUUAAGCUAAAGGAACAGGUGCAGGCAUCUCGAGAAGAUAAAAAAAAAGGCAUCUCUUUUGCAAGCGAACUCAAGAAGCUCACCAAGACUAAACAGCCCCGAGGACCCACAUCACCUUCUCAGGUCUUGGCCUCAGAAAAUACCCAAAACAAGGAAGAGAAACCUAUGGGUGGCAUGCCUUCCAGUGAUGCCACAGACUACCGACAGUGA